GCCUGCAAAUGCUAAUGUUUAUUGAGUGUAAAUUUUGUUCACUAUACACUUUAUCAGUUAAUUUAUUUAAAAAGGUUGAAACCACUCUCGUAGUUAAUCAUGAUUUCUAUUAUUAUCUAAUAUACGUUGCUUUCUUAAUCGUAAUGGGGAAUCGUAUUUGAAACACUGUGUUGUCGUAUAUUGGUAUUUGAAUGGGGUAAUUUACUUGUGGGCGAUUAUAAGUUUGCGUAAACACGCUUCGUUGAUUUUGAAACUUGUAAUUUAUUUCUGUUUGCCAAGAUGUGGCAUUUCCCAGUAUACUAGGGUUGGGGAAGAUGGUACAAGAGUAGUUCCAUUUUAUCUGAAGCUUUAUUACCGUAUCCCUACGGCUCUUAAAAGAGCGUUGUUAAUCGUUAAAAACAAGAAAGUGUAUGUGGGGUGUUAUGUGUUAGCGGUAUACCAUCUUACCCCACACUGCUAAUAUACAUUGUCAAACCUAAACAAGUAAAACACCAUUUUUUUCAAAUGCAAAUUCUUUUAAUCCAUCACAAUAAAUCUAAUUCAACAGCGUAUUUAAUUUAAACUAAAUUAACGCUUUUGACGUCGAAUAUUAAGUUUCAGCUCUUCAGUGACGUCACGCAGGUCUGGGUUUAUGUAGAUAAAGCGUCUUGUGUUGACACGGUCUGUGCGUUUGUGUGCGUAUGUACUUUCUGUACAGUCCUAUAUACUUGUCUAAGAAGUAUUAUGGAGGAAGGCCAGCCACAAAUAUAUCUUCCCCAGUCAGUUAUAAACCCAAGAAUCGGCAGGAAAUAUUCAAAGUAUUACAAUCUUACUGGUUGGUCGCAAAUAUUAAUCGGAUUUCUCUCAAUUCUCUUCGCUUCCAUAGCCCUGGGGUUGGACAGUCAAAACAACUUCAACAUUCUUGACACAGGGUCUGGGAUAUGGUGCAGCGUAUUUUUUAUUGGAUCUGGAGUUUUGGGAAUCUUAGCAGGAGGACAACCGGAGUUCACACAGAUAAAUAGAGCAAUGUUCGGCGCCAUGGCAUCCACCAUCUUCGGUAUCAUGAUGUUCGCCAUUGAAAUUGCUUCAGCAGCAAGCUACAAUCCAAACCUGUCUAUUGUUUCCAAUCCUACGGUGGGAGGCGCAAUUACCGCUCUUCAUUCUAUUCUCGUUCUACUCGCGUUUUCUGAGGUUGUUGUAGCGCUUUCUCAGUUAUAUUAUUGCUAUGGUAUUGUAUACAACAAGUUUUACACGGGUUCAGCGGGUAGGAGCAAUCUAUACACAACAACAGGCCAACUAGAACAAAGGAUAGCUGAAGAAAACACAUAUGAUGAAAUUCAAAUAAGCAAUAUCUCAGGCGCAAAUGGUAUAAACUACCAAGAAGGGAAUGAUUCGGUGGUGCUGUUUUACUAAACACGACUAAAUGGAACAAAUGUACAUCAUCGGUUCUAUAGCCUGUUGGACCCUGGCGAGGGACUUGUAUAACCUCGCGCAUGCAUUUACGAUUCUAUUCUUUUGUAUUUUUUACAAUUUAAGCCAGAGUUGCCCCAAUGCUCCAGCACUAAGGGCAGAUUUGGCCUAUAUCACUCCAACACCCAACGAUGUAUAGGCUAUACGUGGCAACACGUCGUUCAUACAGUCUAACUCCGUUCUUGAAUUCGUCCCGGUCUAGAUAUAAACGAUCUAUACAAUUUUGCAAUUAGAGGAUUCGGCCUUUUAAGAUCGUUUUGUCUUAAUAGUUUAAGUUUUGCUUUUAAUAUGCGAUCGUUUUGUCUUAAUAGUUUAAGUUUUGCUUAAAAUAUGCGAGUUUCUAACACGUUUAUCGUUUUCUACUUCUUUGCAACUGCUGUCAUUUCCUACUUUAACAAUAAUUCAUAUUUCACUUUUUAUUAAUUGACAAUCUUAAUUCAAUUGUAAUCACGACACUGUGUUAAAUGCACGUUACAUAUUUCGCUCCCCUAUGUAAAAUACACUUCAUGCAGUAAACAGUA